AUGUCGGAUAUUGAAGGCGACAUCCCUGAUCUGUCGACACAAUCUGCUUCAAGUGAACAGGCAGUUACCUCCAACCAGGCUACUGAAAGCAACCAGACUGGCCAGAGUCAGCAAUUCUGGCAGACGACGCCGAAUGGCGAACAACCAGUUGAUCCAAUGGAGAGGACCUUCCCACAGCAUGAGAACUUUCGGCCGUCCGGCUUAGACUGUGGUGGCGUUCAGACUCAAUCUCCGCUGCAGACGCAGUAUCAGAAUACCCGGUCAAUGGGCGAAGAAAUUGAUGCUUCCACUAGCGGGGGCCCUCAACUCCCACCUUUUCAGGCGCCGGAUCUAUUUAGCAACAGCCCGGACGCCGGGACGGAAAUCUCGUAUGGCUCGCUGGUCGACGUGGCGACGGCACGGUGGUUUGGGAUGCUGGCAACUGAUGCAGACUUUGGGACCAUCAGCACCGAAGGAUACAACGUCCCUCAGGCCCAGAUUCCUGCAUCAGGCCAACAGGCGGAUACCGCAAACUUCUGGAACACCUCGACCGGAAGACCGCCCUGGGCGCUCGCUACUGGUCACACCACUUGGGAAGUGCGACAGGGCUCUAAUCAAGAAGCCUCGCGACAGAGCGUCCCGGACUAUUCCUUGUGGAAGUCGCCGAAUGCCCUCACGCUACAGGACAACGAGCAACACUUGUUCGAGGUAUUUGUCGCCCGUAUCAGCCACUGGAUCGACCUUUUUGAUCCACUGCAGCACUUCUGUACCCUCGUCCCUCGCCUGGCCAUGUUCAAUAUCGGCCUUCUCGGGGCGAUUCUGGCCCUCUCGAUCCGAUAUCUCUCUCUCAAUUCGUCUGUCGCCGCAGAGAACCUCUACGAACGUCACGACGCGCUCCGGUACUAUCAUGAGAGCUUACACUACGUCCAGAAUGCCAUGCAGUACAGCUCGUACCUCACAAGCCUCGAACUUCUCGCCACGGCGCUGAUCAUUUCGGCCUACGAAAUGUUGGACGGCUCCCGCCGGGAUUGGGAGAGACACCUUCAAGGCGUCUUCGGCAUCCAGCGGUCCCAGGUCAUCCACGGAGACACGGGCGGUUUGAGGGCCGCCGUGUGGUGGGCGUGGCUGCAGCAAGACGUGUGGGCCGCAUUUCGAGACAAACGCAAAACCUUCACCUUCUGGAGGCCGGUCAAAACCUUCGGCGAAUUGAACCCUUGGGAACUGGCCGCUCGGGCGGUCUUUGUGAUGGCGAAGGUGGUCAACUACUGCGCAGAGAUCGAAAAUUCGGGCGAGGAAAACAAUAUUCAAUCGAGAAUUGAUGCCGCCGAUCGCCUGCACUCGAUGCUGGACGAUUGGGAGCGACACCUCACCAUUGAGUUCAUGCCGUUGCCGAGACAGACUAAUUCGGGAGAUGUCUUCAAACCUCGAUGGAUUCAGCCUCCUAUGUUUGGCGUCGCGAUGCAGAUGUAUAAUGCUGCCCGAAUCUUGCUCGUCCUACACAGACCGUCGGGUGGCGGACUCAAUGGCUUUAUGCGACGACAGAAGCAACUGGACAAGUACGCCGAAGCUAUCUGCGGAAUUGCCGUCACCUUGACGGACUAUGGAUCCAGCGUCGCCUCUUCACAAUGUCUCUUUAUAGCUGGAAUGUGCACAUCGGACGAACGCAAACGCCACGAAAUUCUGAGACUCAUCGGACUUUGCAGGCAGAGGAGUGGUUGGCCAGUGAAGCCCAUGGACGACGAACUGAAGGCUAUUUGGGACACUUCUGAUGCCGGUUAA